AUGCAAGCCUUUUCGAAGAAGAGCAGUUACGUGAAGAAAAUGAAAAGCAAAAGCUUUGCAGCACCAAAGGGUAUAGCCUAUCGACAGGUAGCUAGCAUUGGACACACCAAGACAAUCGAUCAACGCCGAACUGUGACACGAUUGUAUCUCCAAUAUUGGAGGAGUCGCGGCGAGACAGAUGCAGCAGAUCACAUCGAAAAGGAAUACUGCAGUCAUCCAAGGUGGAAUUGGAAUUAUGCAUGCACUGGUGAGGUUGGUGUAUACCCCUCCAACUGUCCCAACGAGAGUUUCAACAAGCACGGAAUAAAGAGUGUGGCAGCUGACUGUUCGAAGAACGCAUCUCUUUCUGCCUUCCUUGUUCACACCGCUCCCAGACUCCUACAGGAAGAUGCCCAUACACGAGGAGACCCCUGUACCAUCGAGAUCCCAAGGACAGUUUCCAUGUUCGCUGUUGCAGCAAGUGGCUUCUUAAGAGAUGGAAUCGACAUUGUGGAACUAGGAAAAGACGCCCAUGGGAAUCCAUCAAGCUGGUUGGUGAACAUUGGUUACAAGAUGGAAUUCCAAUUGACCAACGAAGAAUUCGAUUGUUCUUAG